GUAGCCGUUAGCCGUUGAAAACUGAAAACCUCAGGAGAAAAAAAUUAUGGCAAAAAAUUCAUGAUAAGAUGACAUGACAUCAGUUUGUUGAGAAGUAUAAAUUUGUGAAUAUUAAUAUAAAAUAAGUGAACAUUCAGAAAGAUGUAUUUUCAAGUAUCUCCUGCACAAUCCAAACAUAAGCCUUCAAAAGCUGCAAACCCCCAGGAAGAUGAUAUUCCCACUUUAACAUUAGCCCCAUUUACUCAAAUACCAAAAUUGGCGUUUCAAGAUGUUGCAGUCAAUUCCCUGCAUGAAAUAAAACUUUAUGUGACAAAUAAGAAACCUGUUCCUGUAUUUGUAAAUGCAAGCUUUGAUGGUCCAGAAGAACUUGAGUUUAGUCAAAGUUGGUGCGAACUAAGAAUAGACACAAAUGAUACCAAAUUGCUUGAGAUGUAUUGGUAUCCCAAUACUGAAUAUUGCGAAAGACACAAUCUUAAGGUGACAUGUAUGAAGCAAAUGUGGAAUGUACCUAUAACUUUCAAAUCUAUUCUACCUAAGAAAUCCAAGAAAAAGUUGUCUACUACCUUGGUGAAAAAAACAUCACCACUAUUGAGGAAGAAAGUAAACAAAACGUCUCAGAAACUAUCUACUGCAUCUUCUAAGGUACCACCUAAAAAGCAACCGGUGUGGAAUGAUAAACCAUAUGUUGCCAAAAAAAGUUCUCGGGAUAAGGAAAAUUGUGAUAUCAAUAUGAGACGAGAAAAUUUUCGCUCAUCAUCUGACAUCUCGUUCCAUUUAAGUUCUCCAGAUGACAUCCGUAGGUUCACUUAUGCGGUUAAUAAACUAGGAUUUCGAACUGAGGGCUCACCAAACUUAGAUGAUAGUCUAGAAAUGAUAGAGGAUCUUCCAAACAGAGGUGUCUUGAAAGGAAUACAGUUGAAUACUUUGGAUGAAUUUCUUAACAAAAAGAUUGGUUUAGAUUCUAUAUCAUACUUGGGAACACCAAUCAGUCAGUUCUUUAAGCCUUCUAGGGUUUCUUCUGAGUUACACAAAAAGGACCAAGUAGAUAAGAAUGUGGUGGAAAAUCCAAAAGUGAUACGAAAUUUGUCGUUUGAGAUGAAUUGUGAGGUGCAGCCGAGCUUAAAUAUUAGUUCAGAGACUCGCAUUAUUGGCAAUUUGAGCUCAGAUUCACUCCAUACAGGUCUGAAUGGUAAUACAUUUGUUAAGAGUAAUAUUAGCACGGGGACCUUCAUAAAAGACAGCAAUAGUUUUGAAAUAGAUAGAGGUAGGUUCUCCCUUGAUUUGAGUGAUAAGUUACCCACACAAUCUUCUAUUUCAAAACAUAAAAUUAUGCAAACUCAUAAUAAACUCAGAAGGAGUAGUUCCGAGUAUAACAUGCCAAUAACAAAGAAUCCCAAAGAUAAACCUUCCUUUCAUUUGAGAGAUGAAUCAGAAUUUGCUUGGCAGGAAUACCAAAAUCAACCACAGCAAUAUAAUGAUGAUCAUAUUAGAAAACUCAUCAGAGAUAACAUUCCCCAACAAAAUUGUCUAUCUGAGGCUUACUGUAGCCAUUUGAGUAUUAGGUCAGGAACUCUUGCAGAACAAGAAAACAGCUUUCAAAUGAAAGGGUUUGAUCAAAGCUCUGGUAGUUUUAUCGAACAGCUCAAACAACUUGAAGAGCGUGAUCUGAGUACAGCAACUUAUUUCAAAGAUGAAGGAAGUUUUAAAUACUAUCAAGAAGCUUCAAACUAUGCCAAUACUGCUGUUAAAGUUCCAAAUUCCUAUGAAAGUCGAGAAUAUAGCAGGUUGUGUACAGGGUAUGAAACUAGUCCAAAGAACUGUUUGAGGGAGAGUACAGGUUCCGAAAUAUCUAGUAACUAUUCUAAAAUGUCACCAAAAAAGGGAAUGGAAGUGUUUCCAACUAAAGAAAUUCUUCCUACUGUCAAACAUAAUGAUUCCCAUAAUUUAUUUCCGAUAAAGGAAGAACCUACAGACGAAUCUUUGAGGAGAACACAAAUCAAAAGGAAAUCUGACACUACAUUUGGUCUUUCUCCACUCAAACGUCAAAACUUAUCCCCUGAAACCUGGUCUAAGGUAGGUGGGGUAUAUAAGACCCGAAUGAGCGUACAGAGAGUCACAAAGUUGGUGACCCCAAAACAAAAUGCUAAGAAAAGAAAUCAAAAGGAAAAUAGUUCGAUAGUGGGAACAAAAGGAAUAUCUUAUAUAGAAAAAAAGACUGUAACCAUAACAGAUCCCUUCAUUUUGGCUGCAACUACAGCAGUGGAUCCAUUUUUGACAAACACGAUUUAUCUAGACCAGGAUUGGAUUCAGAGACAAGAAGAUCGGUUCAAGAACUGGUUGAACAUGCUUUUGACCCCUCCAACUGACUUGAAUGUUUCAGAUGAAGGACAGCCGAUUGAUGCGGCUAAGUUGUGGAGAGAAUGCUCCCAGAAAGAAGUUUCAGCAGCACCUACCAAAGAAGAAGUAAGCAGCAAGUACCAUACCUCCGCUAAACUGGAAGCCUUGAGGAGAUCAGCACAUGAACUUUAUAACAGUGAUAUUAUACAGUCUAUACUUGUAAGAGUAUAUGAUGCUAUUGAGAAGAAAAAGAUUGAGAUUAGACAAGAUCGUAAUGUUCAUUUGGAUUUGAGUCUGCAGUCUAAAGUCAUGACUCUGUUGUUAAGUUAUAAUCCGUUAUGGCUCAGGAUAGCUUUAGAAACCAUUUACAGGGAAAAAUUAAAAUUGAUCUCAAACUCAGACAUGUUGGGAUUGAGCAAGUUUCUUUAUGAACGAUUUUUCAAGGACCGCCUACUGUUGAGGAAGCAUAAAACAGUGCACAACCCCAAAUAUAAUGUGGAUAUAAAAAAAUUCAUGCUCAAAAGGUUUUUCUCCAUUGUUUACUUCUUGGAUAAAGCCAAAAUGAAUACUUUGAUUCCACAUGAUCCAUGUUUAUUCCGCAAAAAUUCUACAGUUAAAGAGAGUAGAGAGAUGUUGAUUCAUUUCACAAGAGAUGCCAUCACUGCGGCUGUAGGUGAUAUAACUAAGUAUUUGAAGUAUUUUGGAUAUGUUGUGGAGCACAAGCAGGAUUACAUUCAUGAGUUCGAUUAUGCGGUAAAUAGUUUAGGGGGUGAUUUGAGGGAUGGUGUGAGAUUGACAAGAGUAAUGGAAUUGAUAUUGUUAAGGAAUGACCUCACGAAAAACUUGAGGGUACCAGCUAUUUCAAGGUUGCAGAAGAUUUAUAAUGUGAAGUUGGUCUUCGAUUCCUUAGCAGAGGCAGGGUACAAGAUACAACAUGAUAUUGAGCCACACCACAUUGUGGAAGGGCAUAGGGAAAAAACUCUCUCCUUUUUGUGGCAGAUAAUCUAUAAAUUCCAAGCACCCCUUGUAAUUGAAACUGCCAAAAAUAUACAAAAAUGGUGGAGAAGUUUUCCUGUCUGUAUUAAGCGUAUGAAACUUCGAAAAUUGUAUCAAACUAAACUAGAAGCUUCCACUAAAAUUCAAAGAUGGUAUAGACAUCUGAAACAAGCAGAAGAGUUGACAAAAAUUGCUCACCUCUUCAAAGAAUAUAUGGAAGAAAGAAGAAAGGUAAAAGCAGCAAUUAAAAUACAGAGUUAUUACAGAAUGUACAUACAGCAUAAGAACUACAUAAACACAAAGAAUACAAUAAUUAAACUACAAAAACAGUGCAGGCUGUGGUUGCAGAAUGUUUGUUAUAGACAAAGAGAACAGGCUGCUAUUGUGAUACAAAAAAAUAUAAAGGGCUACUUGACAAGAAAUAGAUUCUUGCAAAUGAAGCAUUCUGUUUUGGUAAUUGAGAAGUACGUUUUAGCUAGACAGUUGAUGCUGGUACAAUAUCAGCAUUUCAUGCAAAUCAAGACUUCAAUUAUUGUGAUUCAAAGGUGGUAUCGAGCAACUGCACUUAUGAAAAAGACACGAACAGAGUAUUUGAAAUGGAGAACUGCAGUUUGCUUAGUACAAGAAAAAUACAGAAGUAUGUUAAUGAUGAGAAGAGCUUUAAAUGAAUAUAAUUCAGUGAAAUCUUCAACAAUACUCAUACAAAAAUGGUAUAGGUCAACAAUGCAGAUGCGUGCAUUAAGAAAUAACUUUUUGAAUAUCAAAAAAUCUGUUAUCACUAUAGAAAAAUACUACAUAGCUUUGAAAAAAAUGAGAAUAGCUAAAACUGAAUAUCAUCAACUCAGAUGCAGUACCAUCGUGAUACAAAGAUAUUUCCGAGCCACAUUAGCAAUGAGGCGAGAACGUGGCUAUUAUUUAUCCUUAAAGAACUCUGUUGAUUUUGUCAAAUCAAAAUAUAAGGCAAACAAAAUGAUGUUGAGAGAAAGAGGAAACUUUAGAACCCUCAAGAAAGCUACAAUAUUUUUACAGAGAAAAAUAAGGGCUAAUAAACUCAUGCAAACUCAAAGGAAGUCUUAUUCAGAGCUUAGACAAAGCACUAUAAUAAUUCAACAUUUCUUUAGAGGAUUCCUAUUAAUGAAAAAAGAGAAAAAGCACUAUAUGGAUUUGAAAACUAGCGCUGUUAUAAUCCAGCAAAGGUACAGAGCCUACAAACAAAUGUGUUCAACUAAAAAGGAAUUUGAAACACUUAAAAAAGUGGUGAUAUUUGUGCAAACAAGAUUUAGAGCCAAUAAUUCAAUGAAGAAGCAAAGACAGGCUUUCUUGAGGGAAAAAAAAAGUUGUGUUGCUAUCCAAAGAUAUUUCAGAGGAUUUUGUGUAAUGAGAAAAGAAAGGCAAACCUAUGUACAAUUAAGAUCAGUAGUUUGUUUUGUGCAGCAGAAAUACAGAGCUAAGUUGGCAAUGAAAAAAUGUCAAGAGGAAUAUUCCAAACUAAAAACAGCUUGCAUUCUCUUACAGAGACGAUACAGAGCCAAAAAACUGAUGGAAAUUCAAAAGGCAGAUUAUGAUAAAUUGAAGCAAGCAGUGAAUUUUGUGAAAUCUACAUUUAUAGCCCAUAAGAAAAUGCUGGAAAAGAGAGAUAACUACCAAAAACUUAGAAAGUACACAGUACUUGUACAACGGCUUUAUAGAGCAAGAAAAAUGAUGAGAGCACAGAGAUGCUCUUAUUUAGAACUAAGAAACAAUACUAUCAAAAUACAGAAAUUUUUCAGAGGAUUUUUAUCAAUGAAAAAGGAAAAACAGCUGUUCUUAACUUUGAGACUGAAUGUUAUAAAAAUUCAGCAUAGGUUUAGGGCUCAAAGAAAAAUGAUACAAACAAGAGAAUAUUAUAGAAAAUUGAAACAUGCCGUUUUGUUCACUCAAAGAAAGUUCAGAGCGAACAAAUUGAUGAAAAAGGAAAAAGAUUUGUAUAUUUUGAAACGAAACGCUUCUAUAACGAUACAAAGAUAUUGGAGAGGUUAUUUAUUGAUGAAAAAGGAUAAACAAAAUUACAUGAAACUACGCAAGAGUGUCAUAACAAUUCAAAAGAGAUAUAUAGCAUAUAAGAAAAUGUGUACCACACGAUCCCACUUUGAGAGGUUGAGGAAGUCUGUAGUUAUAAUUCAGACAAGAUACCGGUCUAAUAAACUCAUGGUUGAACAGAGAAGGAUGUAUCUAGAACAAAGACGCUGUUGCAUACUCAUACAAAAAUACUACAGAAGUUAUUUGUUGAUGAGAAAGGAUAGGCAAAAUUAUUUGUCUCUGAAAGCAACAGUUAGAUUUGUACAGGAACAAUAUAGAGCAAAGAUAGCCCUCAGGAUCUCAAGACAAAAUUACCUAAGUUUAAGACAGAAUGUACUAUUUGUACAGAGGACAUUUAGGGCAAACCAAGCAAUGAAGUCACAGAGGGUACUUUUCUUGAAGAAGAAGGAGGCAGUUAUCAAAAUCCAGAAAUACUUCAGGGGAUACCAACAGAUGAAGAAAGAUAGACAAUACUUUUUAUCACUAACAUCUUUUGUAUUUUCAAUUCAAAGAUAUGCUAGAGGAUUUUUAAUCAGAAAGAAGUAUGCUCAUCUUUUGACACCUGAAGCUAGAGAAGAGAGAAGAAUUAAGAAAUUACAAGAAGAAGCUGCAACCAGAAUACAGGCUCGCUGGCGGGGCUAUCGACAAAGAAAAGUUUGUAACAAUGCCUUAAAGGAGAUUAGAAAAAGAUCUGAGGUUGCCACAAGAGAUGCUGAUCCCCAAGAAUCUCUGGGAAGUAGAAGCAAUAGAGCACUAGAAGUUUUGGUCACUGAAGAAAUAACAGUACCAUUGAUCAUCUCUGCCCUCACAGACUUUGAAUAUGUGACUAGAAGAAGUCCAGAAAUUUGCAUUAAAAUGGGACCAUUACUACCAGAACAGCUCUAUCUUUUGAUAAAAUCAGUUGCAAGAUCUCUACCUGAUAUUCAGAUUUGUGAAAUAUCUGCCUAUAUCUUGAUAAAUCUUUGUAAAUAUGAACAAACCACCUCUAUGACCUGGUAUCCGGAGUAUUUAGAUAGUAUGUUGAAAAUAAUGACGCAUUGGUGCGACAAGGAGAACAUGGCUUUUCCAAGUCUUUGUACCCUAUUUUGGCUUUUUGCCCAUAAUAAGGAAUACAAAAAGACGAUUUUGGAGUUACCCAAUAUAGAUCAAAGAAUUGAGAAAAUACACACUUUGGUUUUACGGAAACAAAAAAUGGUUUUGAAAUCUGAGAGUAGAAUGGUGAUUUCAAGGUUUGUCUCUAAGAAGCCUUUAUAUUUACCAGGCCUGAAGCCAGAUUGGGGAUUUGAUUAUCCUACAAGACCAAGAGUAUUCCUGAAUUCAGUACAAGCCAUUGAAUGUCUAAUUAAAAUUUUAAAAUCAUCGUAAACCAAGUGGAGCUCUCCAGAGGAUGCUAUGACUGUCACAUGUUAUUUAAGUGUAAUUUUCAGUUGAUAUGUUGUUAUUGUAAUAUCAUUGAUGUUUUUAUCACCUUUUAUAUAUUUGAGAAUUUUUAAUGAUUAUUAUAAAUUGAUAAGGUUUUAAUUUUAUAACUAUUCUUUAUUACUGACUAUAACAAUAUUUGAAAGCCAUGUAUAUAAUAAAAAACCGUACUGAAUAAAUAAAUUGCAGAAAUAUUAUUCUUCUG